AUGACGUGUGUUACUGGAGACGAUACCGGUAUUGUGAAAAUAUGGGACAUCUCGAAAAGCAGCGGUGCAACGCUCAAGUUCUCAUUUGGUGAGCAAAGCCGGAAACGCGCCAUAAUGGGCAUGUGCUGGCAGGAUAGUAGCACGUCGUCUGUAGCAUUCUCAUCGAAUGAUGGCGUUCUUUCUGUGCUGGACCUCAACGACUACAUUGUCAGCUCCUCUGUGAAGGCGAACACCGUCGCAGGGCUGCCCAACGCCAUGUCGUUUGUGAAGGGAAAGCUUGUUCUUGUCUCGAAAGAUGGCGAGGCGAGCAUCUUCAAUAGUGAUCUCACACCAUCAUUGUCGCUGGCGGGCAACGGGCCAAUCGAUGCGCUGCAUAUCCACCGUAAGUUUGGCAUGGUUGCGAUGGGCGGUAGGGAGAAUGAUCUGUGUGUCUACGACUUAGCUUCCGAGGCCCUGGAGGAACCCGUUUUCAAGGCGCGAAACGCUCGAGACCACAUUUUAGAUGUUCCAUUCCCAGUGUUUGUGACUGGCGCGUGCAUUGUCAACCCGUAUGUUUUUGCCACUUGCACUGCGUAUCAUCAGGUACGGUUUUAUGACCGGCGUUCGAAUGACCGACCAGUGCAGGAAUUCGAGAUUUGUAGAGAAAUUGAACGGCGCCCGACAACAAUGCUGCAAUGGAAUGCGAACAAGUUCCUGAUUGGAGAGGCCAGCGGCGACGUUCACUUGUACGAUACCCGGCGGGGUUUUUGCUCUCGCGCGAAACUGCGUGGCGGUGUCGGAAGUGUAAGGUGCAUGUGCAAGCAUCCCGCUGGUCAUCAAAUUCUUGGUGUCACGGGGCUGGACCGCAAAGCGCGUCUGUACCACGUGCCGACGGGAAAGUUGCUCAUGUCAGUGUACGUAAAGCAAAAGGCAAAUUGCUUGCUGCUUGACAAACAACUGCCGCUGAGAGAUAAAGUUGCGGCGUUCAGUGGCGUCGUGAACACGAAGCAGCCUGAAAAAGCCAACACGCUAGGAGAUGCUUUGUGGGAUGACAUGGACCCGGUGCUGGAUGAUCUCGACGAAAAGGAAAUUGUAGGGGACGCUGCCGCCGAGAACAGGCGAAAAGUGCACCGAAACGAGUGA